AGUUGUAAGACCGACUGUCUUCCCGGAGGGAACGUCAGUGUACCGUGGCCCCUCACCAUCUCUAGUCCCCCCGUUCCAAGACCAAACCUGGCUUGUUCGAUGAGGUUAAUCCAGAUUUAGUCAUUCCUUUAGUGGGCAGCCUCGAUAUUCCACCAGGACGAGGAAAAUAAUUCUUUCACAGAAAAACUGGAGAGCGUAGGAACCAUCCUUUCGUGUGCCUUGGUGACCAGCCGGAUGUGAGUCAGUGGAGGAACUAAACUGCUGCACACAUUGGCUGGAGCGGUCGGCGGUGGGAUUGGUGGUCGCACCAGGAAAACUCCAUCCCGGAAGUGAUUAUUGGCCGUCUCCAUGCGCCGGUUCCGGGGCGUCGUAGAGCCAAGGCGCGAGGCUCGGACUGAGAGGUAGAGCCAGAGUGGACGCUAAGCGCCCUCGGCCUGGGACGUGAGCCUCUGUGCCUGCAGUAAUAGACCCGGAGCCAGCAUGCUGUUGCUGCCAAGCGCCUCGGAUGGCCAGGGCACCGCCGUCAUCCAGUCGCUGAUCUCUGCUUCUACACUUUGUCAAGUUGAACCUGUGGGAAGAUGGUUUGAAGCUUUUGUUAAGAGGAGAAACAGAAAUGCUUCUGCCUCUUUUCAGGAACUGGAGGAUAAGAAAGAAUUAUCAGAAGAAUCAGAAGAUGAAGAAUUGCAGUUAGAAGAGUUUCCCAUGCUGAAAACACUUGAUCCCAAGGACUGGAAGAACCAAGAUCAUUAUGCAGUUCUUGGACUUGGACAUGUAAGAUACAAAGCUACACAGAGACAGAUCAAAGCAGCUCAUAAAGCAAUGGUUUUAAAACAUCACCCAGACAAACGGAAAGCAGCUGGUGAACCAAUAAAAGAAGGCGAUAAUGACUACUUCACUUGUAUAACUAAAGCUUAUGAAAUGUUAUCUGAUCCAGUGAAAAGACGAGCAUUUAACAGUGUAGAUCCUACUUUUGAUAACUCAGUUCCUUCUAAAAGUGAAGCAAAGGAUAAUUUCUUCGAAGUUUUCCCCCCAGUGUUUGAAAGGAAUUCCAGAUGGUCAAAUAAAAAGAAUGUUCCUAAGCUUGGUGAUAUGAAUUCAUCCUUUGAAGAUGUAGAUGCAUUUUAUUCUUUCUGGUAUAAUUUUGAUUCUUGGAGAGAAUUUUCUUAUUUAGAUGAAGAAGAAAAAGAAAAAGCAGAAUGUCGUGAUGAGAGGAGAUGGAUUGAAAAGCAGAACAGAGCAACAAGGGCACAAAGAAAAAAAGAAGAAAUGAACAGAAUUAGGACAUUAGUUGACAACGCAUAUAGCUGUGAUCCAAGGAUAAAAAAAUUCAAGGAAGAAGAAAAAGCCAAGAAAGAAGCAGAAAAAAAAGCAAAAGCAGAAGCCAAACGGAAGGAGCAAGAAGCUAAAGAAAAACAAAGACAAGCUGAAUUAGAAGCUGCUCGGUUAGCUAAGGAAAAAGAAGAAGAAGAAGUUAGACAGCAGGCAUUAUUGGCAAAGAAGGAAAAAGAUAUCCAGAAAAAGGCCAUUAAAAAGGAAAGGCAAAAACUUCGAAACUCAUGCAAGAACUGGAAUCACUUUUCUGACAAUGAAGCAGAGAGGGUUAAAAUGAUGGAAGAAGUGGAAAAGCUUUGUGAUCGGCUUGAACUAGCAAGCUUACAGUGCUUGAAUGAAAUACUCACAUCAUCCACAAAAGAAGUAGGAAAGGCUGCUCUAGAAAAACAGAUAGAAGAAAUCAAUGAACAAAUUAAAAAAGAGAAAGAGGAAGCUGAGGCUCGUAUGCGACAAGCAUCUAAGAAUGCAGAAAAAUCAACUGGCAGAGGUGGAAAUGGCAGUAAAAAUUGGUCCGAAGAUGAUCUGCAAUUGCUAAUUAAAGCUGUGAAUCUUUUCCCUGCUGGAACAAAUUCAAGAUGGGAAGUUAUUGCUAAUUAUAUGAACAUACAUUCUUCUUCUGGAGUCAAAAAAACAGCCAAAGAUGUUAUCAGCAAAGCAAAGAGUCUCCAAAAACUUGAUCCUCAUCAAAAAGAUGACAUAAAUAAAAAGGCAUUUGAUAAAUUUAAAAAAGAACACGGAGUGGUACCUCAAGCAGAAAAUGCCACACCUUCAGAACGGUUUGAAGGCCCAUACACAGAUUUCAGUCCUUGGACAACGGAAGAACAGAAGCUUUUGGAACAAGCUUUGAAAACAUAUCCAGUAAAUACACCUGAAAGAUGGGAAAAAAUAGCAGAAGCAGUACCUGGCAGGACAAAGAAGGACUGCAUGAAACGAUAUAAGGAACUUGUCGAGAUGGUAAAGGCAAAGAAAGCUGCUCAGGAGCAAGUGCUGAAUGCAAGUAGAGCCAAGAAAUGACUUCAUGACAAUCUUUGUUGUGUGUGCAUUUUUAUAAUAAAAACGAAUACUGUA